UCAUUUACUGGCAAUUUUAAACAUUUGAUUCUGUUGGAAAUGUCAGUGCUGCUGCAGCAGCAAUUUCCAUUCACAGCCAAAAUUAGUGCACCCACACAAGGCAUGUUAUGUAGCCUCCCUGGAGGUAUUCCCGAGUGUAGCUCGGGGUAAAGUUUCAGUACCACAAGCAGUAACCCCGAGCUACACUCGGGCUUACCAUGCGGCGCUUCUCUGCGAUCCUCGGUCACUUACCUUGUCCUACGCUCCCGCGAUGUCCCUCCUGCAGUGUCCCCGGCAAUGUAAUUCGGUGGAUGCCAGCAUCUGUCAUCUGGGUUCUGUCCUUUGCGAGCGUCGGGACGUACAGGGGACGGAACGGUGGGAAGUUUGAAAAUGACAAAAAGUGACAUUCACAAAAAUCACUAA